AUGCUGCAACGCACCAUCGAUUCGUACACUUCAAAGACUGACGGUGUUCCGGGCCUGGUAUGCUCCGUGGUCGAUGCCAGCGGCGACGUCAUUUUCGAGUCCGCCUCUGGAACACGAGCUGUAGGAUCAGCCUUGCCCAUGUCUCGCGAUACUGUUUUCUGGAUUGCGUCUUGCACGAAGCUUCUUACGGCCAUUGCCGCCAUGCAACUUGUCGAGCAGGGUAGGCUGUCUCUGGAUGACGGGGAUCAGCUGGAGACCCAUCUUCCAGAACUUCAAACGGUGAAAGUGUUGGAGGAAAUGCCCGACGGAAGCACGCAGUUAAUUGAGAAAAAGCGAAAAAUAACUCUGCGAAUGUUGCUGUCUCACACAGCGGGGUUCUCAUACAGCUUCUUGAGCAUGAAGCUGAAAAGGUGGUCAGAACCAAUCGGUAUCAUGGAAGACGCCAAUCGAGAGAACGACAUCUUCGGACAGCCUCUCGUCAACCAGCCAGGGGAGAACUGGGAAUACGGUGUCAGCAUGGACUGGCCCGCUCAGGAUGCGGAAGACAACGUUCUCACACCACUGCGUGCAUCCUCGAAGGAAGAGGCGAGUAGCAUUCUUCAUUCUGGAGGUGCAGGGCUUUUCAGCACACCAUCCGACUAUUGCCAGAUCAUUGCCGCUCUUCUCAAUCACGGCACACAUCUAAAGACUGGGCACCAACUUCUCCAACGCGAAACCCUGAAUGAAAUGCUCAAGAACCAGAUCCCUGAACACCCAAACUUUGCACGGAAUCUCCCGCCAGCAGCAAAGCCAAGCUUUAUCAACUCGGCGCCGGAAAUGUAUCCCCAGCCCGAAAACGAGGCCCAAGGCUGGGGCUUGUCUUUUUUCAAGCUGCUGUCUGACGGGCCGACGGGACGGUCGGCGGGCAGUAUAUGGUGGAGCGGACUGGCCAACCUUGUUUGGUGGGCGGAUGUGGAAAGGGGGAUUGGGGGGGUGUUUGCUUCGCAGAUCCUGCCAUUUGGAGAUCCUGAGUUUUUCGCAUGCCAGGCAGCAGUCGAAGCGCAGUUAUACUCUGCACUGUCGAUCAAUGCCGGUUCCGAAAAGUGA